AGUUGCUCGCCGGCGAGAAACCAGUACAGCUCGUGUACCCUUAAAACCUCUCUCAAGGUUCGAAAUUCUUCGUAAACACGUACAAAUAAUAAAAUGGCUGAAUUCUACGGCAAGAAGUACAAGCUGAGCACCAGCGAAAAUUUUGAGGAAUUUAUGAAGGCUUUGGGAGUUGGUCUGGUGACCCGGAAGAUGGGAAACAGCAUCAGCCCGACGAUCGAGUUGACUGAAAACAACGGCGAGUUCUCCUUGAAGACGAGCAGCACCUUCAAGAACUCCGAGAUCAAAUUCAAGCUGGGUGAAGAAUUUGACGAGGAGACAAUCGACGGUCGUCAAGUGAAGAGUGUUAUGACCCGAGAAGGAAAUAAAUUCAUUCAAGUUCAGAAGGGAGACAAGGAGACCAUAAUCGAGCGAGAAUUCACGCCCACGGAGAUGAAGGCUGUCAUGAAGCUGGGCGACAUCGUCUGCACAAGAGUGUACAAACUUCAAGAAUAAGAUGAUUCAUUCGGCGGAUAUAAUUUCCAACAAGUGCUGAGAGUCUGCGCAUUUCUUCGUUUUC